AUGUUUUAUAUUAAUGACUUUAAUAUUUUUAGUUACUAUAAAUGUGCGAAAUCUACGGAGUUCUUUUGUGAUGGAACUGCUAGGAAAAACCUUGAUGGUACAUUUUCUGAAUUAAAACCACAUUCAAGAGCACACAUUGCAAAUAGAGACGAUGAAUCAAAUCUAAUUGUUUUAUUUAGAGAUGCACUGAAGGAACGAUCUAAAAAUGAAAACAUCUCAUUGAAACUAAUUUAUGAUGAUGAAGCACAAAGACACAGAGUUGCUGCUGGUCUUUAUCCCUGGUCAACUGCAGAAAGUAUAAUGCGCUCUGUUAGGAGAUCUUCCCUACCAGCUCUGCCUCAAUCGUUGCAUGAGUUAGCUGUCAAAUUCGAUAAUGGAGAUUUAUCAAGAUAUAUGUGUUGCAACAAUUCCAUAUUUAGUGGAUCAGUUAGAGAUUCUGAUGGUAAAUACAGUGUUAUAUUAGCAUGUAGACACUUAAUUAAUUUAGUUCUGUCACAUGGCAUAACCGAGGUCAAUAAAAUAAACGGUUAA